AUGCGAAUCAUCUGUUUGGGACUGCUCCUUUUCAGCCUGACCCUGGCAGCACCAACAUUGCAACCACAGGCUGAGAAAAUGAAGCAGGACUCUGUGGAAGAACAGAGGAUAAUGUACAAGGGCCACCAUGAGAAACAUGGGUAUUAUGUUUUUAAGUAUGUUUAUACCUCGUCUGGGAGGAAAAAUCAAACUGAUGUGAAGCAGGAAGAAAAAAACAAAGACAAUAUUGCUCUUCCCCAUUCUGGCAAGAGAAGAAAUCAAGAGCCAGCACCUAAAGAAAACAUUGUCCAAGAAAAAGAGAAAGACUUGUCCCUCCCUGGAACCAAUGAAAAUAACAAAAGCACUAAAUCCCAAAGUCUUCUGGAAAAUAGACAGACAAUGAAGAAAGACUACAGGAUUAGUAACAAAGAAAAUGCCCACAAUGACCUGAAGAUGUUCAUUUCUCCUGAAUCGACCGGGAAUCACGGGACUGAGGAUGGAGACAAUGCUAUUAGCAAACUACAUGACCAAGAAGAAUCUGGCAAAGCUCUCAUCAGAAAUAACAUGCACCACAUAAUGGAGCCAGGGGCUGUGAUUGAACUCUUGAGGGAAGAGAUCAAAGAGAACAAACUCCGGAAUGUUUUAAGCAAAGUUCCAGCAGGUGCCAAUUAUGCUAAAGCCCCCUCAAAAAUUAAGAAGAAUCAUCACAGAGAUUCGCACGCCCAGAAUAUUCCAGUAAAAAGCAAAAGUACCCACCGUAUCCAACACAACAUGGACUAUCUAAAACAGCUCCCCAAAGUCAAAAAGGUCUCCAGUGAUUUUGAAGGCAGUGGUUAUCCAGACCUUCAAGGGCGGGAGGACAAUGAUCUCUCUCCUUUCAGUGGAGAUGGUCCACCUUUUAAAGACAUUUCUGGUAAAGGAGAUGCUAUUCGUCCUGACCGAGAAGGUGCAGAUAUUCAAACAGAGUUUUCCAGCCCGAGUGAAGCUGGGACCAUUAAUCCUGAUGCAAGAGGACCAGGUUAUAAUGAGAUCCCAGAGAAAGAAGGGAAUGGUGGAAAUACCAUUGGAACCAGGGAUGAAACAGCCCAAAAGGCAAAUGCUGCUGAUGUAAGCCUAGUGGAGGGCAGCAACAACAUUAUAGGUAGCACCAAUUUUAAGAAACUCCCUGGAAAAGAAGGAAGCAGAGUGGAUGGCGGCAGCCAAAAUGCUCAUCAAGGGAAAAUAGAGUUUCAUUACCCUCACGCACCCACAGAAGACAAAAGAAAAGAUGGCAGUAGUGAUGGAGCUGAAAGUAUUAAUGAAAUUCCGAAAAAUGGCAAAGGUAGUAGUAGAAAAGACACAGAACAUUCUAAUAGGAAUCAAGCAACCUCAAAUGAAAAACAAAGAUUUCCUAGUAAGGGCAAAGGUCAGGGCCAGUUCAUUCCUUCUCGUGGUCUUGAUAAUGAAAUUAAAAAUGAAAUAGGUUCCCAUAAUGGUCCCAAUAAUGAAGGGACCAUAAUAACACACAGCAGGAAAAAUUAUUAUGUGCCCCAUAAUUCUAUGCAGAACAAGGGUGUGUCACAAAGCAAAGGUUCCUGGGGUUACAGAAAGCCCCAUUCCAAUAGGAGGUUUCGCCCCCCUAAAAAGCAUGACAGUAGUGAAUCAUCUGACAGUGGCAGUUCCAGUGAGAGCGAUGGUGACUAG